GCGCGCUGCCUGCCGGCGCCCUGCCCGCCGCGGUGGACAAGCGGGCGCGCGCGAUCGAGACCGACAGCACUGGACGGCGCCAGCUGGACUGCGCCGUCGCCGCGCGGGAGGCCGCUGGCGGCCCUUCGGCAUGGUCCUCGAAGAGGAAGGCUGAGGCUCGGAUCAGAGAUUCGGAUCCGACCUGCCAGCAACACGAUAUGAAUUGCCGACUAUUGGAGAUGGCAGGCGGCUGCGAUCAGCUCAACAUAUCGGAGAUAGCCGCCUUCGAGUUGAUGUGCCGCCAGUCUCAGCUAAUCGAAGAGAGGCAAUGGGCCAACGAUGGGAUCGCAGCCUUCAACCAGCUGAGCGCAGCCCUUGAAGAGCUGCUCACUUCGGCGCCUGGGUACUCGGCCGACUCCCAGCGCGUCAAGCCCUACAGCAAGGACCUAGCAUCCUGGUCUCACUUGCCGACGGCCCCCGUGAAUGUCACGGAGCUCGCCCGCCAGGCCGAACGCGAAUGUUUGCCGGGAUGGAGCGGGACUAUGCUCGGAGGUGAGACAUCUGCUUCAGCCCCGAGAGCGGCGGCGGCGCCGCUGCGGCCCUACGUCGACCCGGCGCUUGCCAACGACCCCAGGGCCUACGCAGGAUUCGUGGGUAAGUUGCUGCAGGGCGGCAUGAUCAGCUUCCGAGUUGCACAAGCCGCUGAUCCAUACAGGUUGGGGUUUUUCUUCGUUGAGAAAGCUGGCAAGGGCACGCCGAGGCCAGCGUUCGACACGCGGGUGGCGAACGAGGGUUUCGAGCCGCCGCCCAAGACCACGUUGCCUACGGCGGCUACGCGGGCUGCCCUGGAGUCAGAGCACGCCGCGGCGGCGGCGCAGGGCGACAUCCAGUGCGCUUUCUACCAUAUGCUAGCGCCGGCAGGUAUGGAGGAGUAUUACACGCUUCGACUAUUGGGCAUCAAGCAGAUCGAGGG